AUGGCUAAAAAAGAAAAGAAAGAAAAGGUGAAGAAGGAAAAGAAGAGCAAGAAAGAUAAGAAGGAGAAGAAGGCGAAGAAAGAAAAGGAGGAAAAGAAGUCGGAGAAGAAACACAGGAGGAAGGGCGAUCGAGAAGUACUGAAAUUUGAAAUUUCUGUCUGUGGAGAUCCGGCAAGUAUUGCGCUGUACAAAAAUAGGGUAUCCAAUACCACCAAUGUAGAUGGAUAUCAAGUUCAGAUUGAUGCGGAUCAAGGAACAGACCAAGAGGGGAGAAUCAUAGACAAAACAUGCGAUCUUUUCCUCUGUGUGUACACUGUAGCCGACCGCAACACAGUGGAAUUCCUCGAGCAAAAAAUUCUACCGGAGGUACGAGCUCUCAAUAGGAAAUAUGCAAUAGCUGGUUUGGGUGUGGAAAACCGCGCAGGAAAUAAUCCAAAUGAGGCCUCUUUAACCACUGCUUCUAGACUUGCUGGCAAAUACGGAUGUAAUGCUAUGGAAUUAGUUGCUUGUGAUGGAAACCAACUAGCUGCGGGCACCGCAGCUCUCUAUUACGCAGCGAACGCGGACGUGUUCAUGCCCCAGCAAAAGCAACACACCUCAGAGCAGCCCGAGGAUGGGAAGAAAAAGAAAAAGAAGAAGAAGAAGGACAAAAAGUCCUCAAAAGGUGAAAAGACCAAAAAGGAAAAGACGAAGAAAAAGAAGAAGAAGAAGAAUAAGGAGUGA